AUGUCGUCGAUGCGAGGACUGGUGCAGUUCAUUGCGGAUUUGCGAAAUGCCCGCGCCCGAGAAUUGGAGGAGAAGCGCGUGAAUAAGGAGCUGGCCAACAUUCGACAGAAAUUCAAGUCGGGAAAUCUCAACGGGUACCAGAAGAAGAAAUACGUGUGCAAGCUGCUCUACGUUUACAUCCAGGGAUACGAUGUUGAAUUUGGCCACCUCGAGGCCGUCAAUCUGAUCUCGUCGAAUAAAUACUCUGAGAAGCAGAUCGGGUAUUUGGCUGUCACCCUUUUCCUGCAUGAGGAGCACGAGCUGCUUCACUUGGUUGUCAAUAGUAUUCGCAAGGACCUGCUGGAUCAUAACGAGUUGAACAACUGCUUGGCACUCCAUGCGGUUGCCAAUGUCGGUGGCCGAGAGCUCGGAGAGGCGCUGGCGAGCGAAGUCCACAGACUCCUGAUCUCACCAACUUCGAAAGCCUUUGUCAAGAAAAAGGCUGCUCUUACACUACUCCGACUGUACCGCAAGUACCCGGGCAUUGUCCGGAAUGAAUGGGCCGAGCGAAUUAUCUCGAUCAUGGAUGACCCUGACAUGGGUGUCACACUCUCGGUUACCUCCCUUGUCAUGGCGCUGGCUCAGGACCUGCCAGAUGAAUACAGGGGUAGCUACGUCAAGGCGGCACAGCGGUUGAAGCGCAUCGUGGUUGACAACGACAUCGCUCCGGACUACCUGUACUACCGCGUGCCGUGUCCAUGGAUCCAGGUCAAGCUGUUACGUCUGUUACAGUAUUAUCCUCCGUCUGAAGACAGCCACGUGCGGGAGAUCAUCCGCGAAUCACUUGCGCAAAUCAUGCAGUCUGCCAUGGAACAACCUAAGAACGUCCAGCAAAACAAUGCGCAAAACGCGAUCCUCUUCGAAGCGAUCAAUCUCCUUAUUCAUCUCGACUCCGAGCACCAACUCAUGAUGCAAAUUUCUGCUCGUUUGGGCAAAUACAUUCAGUCUCGUGAGACUAACGUCCGAUACCUCGGUCUGGAUGCGAUGACCCAUUUCGCUGCCCGAGCGGAGACACUUGACCCGAUCAAAAAGCACCAGAAUAUUAUUCUGGGCUCGCUGCGAGACCGAGAUAUCAGUGUUCGUCGUAAGGGUCUGGAUCUGUUGUACAGUAUGUGCGACACAACAAACGCCGGGCCCAUUGUCAACGAGCUGCUGCGCUACCUUCAGACCGCCGACUACGCUAUUCGAGAAGAAAUGGUCUUGAAGGUUGCAAUUUUGACCGAGAAAUACGCCACAGACGCGCAGUGGUACAUUGAUAUGACCUUGAAACUCCUGUCCCUUGCUGGUGACCACGUCAACGAUGAAGUGUGGCAGCGAGUGAUCCAGAUUGUGACCAACAACGAAGAGUUGCAGGCAUAUGCUGCCCACACGCUUCUCACUUACUUGAAGGCCGAUUGCCACGAGAGCUUGGUCAAGAUUGGCUGCUACGUUCUGGGCGAGUUCGGUCAUCUCAUCGCCGACAGUGCGGGCUCAAGCCCGAUUGAACAGUUCCUGGCCCUUCAGGCUAAGAUGUUCACCAGUACCGACAAUGCGCGCGCCAUGAUUCUUUCAUCCUUUGUCAAAUUCGUCAACUUGUUCCCCGAGAUCAAACCUCAACUCUUGCAGAUCUUCCGCCUAUACAGCCACUCCCCUGAUUCGGAACUGCAACAGCGAGCGUUUGAGUACCUGUCACUUGCAACCCUCCCGACUGAUGAAUUGCUGCGGACUGUCUGCGAUGAGAUGCCCCCCUUCUCGGAUCGGACGUCUAUCCUCUUGUCCCGGCUGCACCAGAAGACGGCAGGCACAAGCGAGAAAAAGACUUGGGUGGUCGGUGGCAAAGAUGCCAACGCUGACAAGCAGGAAGUGCUCAUGGCACAGAACACCGGCCUCAAGCGUACCUUUACUACCAUUGUCCACGGCACUCGAACGGGCUCGAACGGGACUCCUACGAGUGCAAACAGCGCAUCGGGUGACUUGGCUGGUCUGGAUCUUAGUGGACCAGCGGCACCUGCCCCGAACAUGGCCAGCGCAGCCCACUUGACGCCGGAGUGGGAUAUUGGAUACAACCGACUUUACUUCUCACACGAAGGUGUUCUCUUCGAGGAUGCACAAAUUCACAUCGGAAUGCGAUCCGAGUACCGUGGCCAUAUCGGUGUUGUGAAGCUGUACAUCAGCAACAAGUCGACAUACGGCAUCGGCUCGUUGACUACGACCGUCGACAACCCUUCCUCCCCGAACUUGAAGAUCGACACCAAAAAUCUUCCCGAUUCCACCGUCCCUGCCGGUGGUCAAACCCAGCAGACUCUGUUUUGUGCAGCACAUGGACCCUUCCUAGAGGCGCCCACCAUCCGUAUCUCUUACCUGGCUGGUGCACUUCAGGCAUACACGCUGCAACUUCCAGUCUUGAUGCACCGAUACAUGGAGCCGUCGUCUCUAUCAGCCGAGGACUUCUUCAAGCGGUGGCGCCAAAUCGGCGGUUCCCCGCUAGAAGCACAGAAUACCUUCGGCCUGAGCGGCAAGAACAAGAUCAUCAACGAGUCAUUCACUCGACAGAUGGUGGAAGGAUUUGGAUGGAAGAUCUUGGACGGCGUGGACCCGAACCCGAAGAACAUUGUCGGUUGUGCAGUGUUCCAAUUCGAGGGAGGCAAGACAGGCUGCUUGUUGCGGCUGGAGCCCAGCUACGAGAAAUCGAUGUACCGGCUUACCAUCCGUGCCACAAAGGAAGGCGUCCCGCAGGGAAUGGCUCGACAGAUGGAGCAGAAGCUGUCGCAAGGAAUGAGCAACAAGGAUUGA